AUGAAUAUAUUUGCUUAUGUCCAUGCUUUUGCCGUUGAUGGCCAGACAUCGACCGAUGCUGAAGUCUACGCCGAAGUGACCGAGCUUCUGGCCCUUUUAUCACCUUCACGUCGGGGUCUCCAGGCCGCCAUAUGCGAGGCCGGCGCCGUCCCUGCUCUGCUCCGCCUGCUGGCCUCAUCAGCCUUCACCCGGCCUCCUGGGAAUUCCCAUUCCACCUCCGGCUCCGGAGUACUGUUGCCAGCCUGGAGGGCCCCUCUGCAUGCGGCGGACGGCCCCCGGCCCCAGCUAAGACGCAGCCGGAUCUGCCGUGACGCAUGUGGCGACCAGCAGCAGGAGAGGGGCCACAGGGCGGGGAAGGGAAAGGCAGUGCCAGCAGAGCAUUUGAAUGUGCACAGUGCUAACAGGAGUAACUGUGGAAGCGGCAAGAGUGGCAGCAGCAGCAGUCAGGAGCAGGGGCAGUGUGGAGAGCCUGAGAAGGCCGGGGCUGGUGACGGCCCCGCUGGACCGUCUACCCGUGACCCCGUAGUUCUGUCGUACGUGUUGCGUACGCUCGUCAACCUGACCAGCAACGCCCGGGCAGGGGCCCCGGUGAGGCAGGCGAUUUUAAGGGACCCAUGGGUUCCCAACACCCUGCUCAGCCUGCUGCAUGUACCUGAUGAUGACGAUGACGUGAAUGACCUAACGGAAGGUUCAGCAGCGGCAGUAGCAGCAGCAUCCGGCCCCGGUGCCGUCCGCUCCUAUCUGCCGGCGUCCAGGUGGCACAUUGCCGGACUAGCUGCCUGGCUGGUCGCCCACCUGUGCAGUGUACCCGCGGGGCAGCUGCAACUAGUGCAGGAGGGAGUCGUACCCGCACUUGUACGGCUAAUACGGCACGGGCGGAUGGCUUGGGUGACCGCGGCUGCAGAGAGGGCCGCAUUUGUCCGGGCACGGGCGGCUUCGGCGGCGGCGGGGCCGGCGUGUACGGAAGCAGACCGCUGGCACGAGCCGUCAGUGACCCGGGCGGUGAAAGCUCUGAGUUCGGGAGGGGGUCUGGUUGGGGGGGCGCGCGGCGGUAGCCACCGCGGUGGGAACGCCGGGGCCAUGGCUGCUCCGGCAGCCCAGGGACUUAGAGCGCCAUGCAUAUCUGGCCGACUGAUGCCACAUGCGUCAUCGACGCUUCUGUAUGAUGCAGCUGCCGCAGCGGCGGCAGCAGCGGGUGACGACUCGCCACGUGUCGCAGCCAUGCCGUACAUGAUUGCAGCCGUACAGUACGGGCUUAUGGCUCUGGUGAACAUUACGUUUGAUAACAGCGCUAAUCAGCGCGCUGUCGCCAUGUCCGGGGGGAUGUUGACGGAACUAGAAGCGCUGUUUGGGGUGCUGCUACAGCCGGGGGUGCUGUUACCGCGGCCCGCUACGGCGGCUAUGCCUUACAACACGGCUGGCGAUCCGGCGGUCUCCCUCGAGUUGGGGGCCGGCGGCGGCGCGGGGGGUGUCACUGUUGGUGGUUCCGGCUCUGGUGGUAGAGGCGAUGACGAUGGUGGGUGCAACACACCUGAAUACGUGGAUAUGCUGUUGCGGAGCGGCUACCUCGGACUGGCCAAGUUCGCGGUCUGGCUGCUGGCGCACCUCUCAUCUAGCGACCCAGACCUCAAGGCUGACAUUGCGGGGCCGCCAUACAGCUAUGUACCGCGCCUGCUAGAGUUCCUCAUGCUGCCUGACGAGGACGGCCCGCAGCAGCACCAGCAAUCAGGUGCCGCCUCUACUGGUGCCACCGCUGCCGCCAGCGCCGGCGUGCUUAUUGUACGGCAGUACGCGGCUAUGGCGCUCGUCAACCUUACAUGCGGGGUUCCAUCCACAAAGGCGGCUGUAGCACGAGCCAUGGACUGGGACGCCAUGACGGCUCUACUGCGGUGGCUGGCGGAGCAGACGGAAAGGGCGACGGCGGCUGCUACGGGCGAAGCGGCAGCUGCCGCCGCGACGGCCUGCGAGCCCGCGGCGCCGCCGCGCGUCCAUCCGCCUGCACCUGCUGCAGCGGCAGCGGCAACGACCAAUGUUGGACCACCGAUUUCAGAUCUUCUGCUCUAUACGGUGUGGCUGCUACAGCACUUGUCGUUAUCGCCAUUCGCUGCAGCCGUUACGGACUCACGGGUCAUUUCACCGCUGGUAGCCCUCCUGGAAGCGCCCGACGGACACGUGCGCCUGCGCUCCUCCGCCACCAUCGGCGCCUUGUGUUCCGCUCUCCUCCCGCACCCUGACGCCACUGCCGAGUGCGGUCCGGGAGCAGCAGGCAAGGGCGCCGCUGCUGGUGCCGGGGCAGAUCACAAUCCGCCUCAUGCGAACCAGCAGCAACAGCAGCAGCAGCAGCCACAUCGCGCCGCGUUCCUAGCUGCCGGGGGUGUACAGCGGCUGCUGGCGGCGGCACGGCGGGAGCGUGAUCCGCAGCUGCUUGCGUACGGCAUGCUUUGUCUGUCGUCGGGCGUGGGCGAUGACGUGGUGGCUGUGACUGAGGCGGUUCGUGGCGGCGCAUUGGGGCUGCUGGAGGGGCUGCUGGUCUCGGAACAUCCUGCGUGCUUGUUGCCCGCUGCUGAAGCACUCCAGGCUCUGGCUCGCGGGGCGUGCGCUGGCCUGCGUCGCUUCUUCGGACGCGGCGCCACCUCCGCCCACCCAGCUCAUCGUGCAACUGCAGCAGGGAGCACGGAGGCUGCGGAGUGGGCCGCUGCGGCUGUUUCCUCGGCUGCGGACCACGUCCCCCGCAGCCUGCUGGCCCGAGUGGUGGCGGUGAUGCUGACCCACGGCGACCCGGCGGUGCGGGCCGCCAUGAAUGAGACCCUGGGGGCCCUGACCGCCCUUCCGGGAGUGAGGGAGCGCUACUGCGCAGUCUUCGCGGAGACCCUGCGCGACCUGGUCAACGCAGCUGAGGUGGAGCUGCAAGUCAUACCGGCUCCAGGGAGCGGCAUUAGCUCGGGCCUGGACCUGGGCGGUGUGGCUCGGUUGGCGCCUCAUGGUGCUGAGUCUAAGGGGCAUGACGGAGGGAAAGAGGCUUUUGGCGCUCUGAGGGCGGCUGCGGGUGUGCGUGCGGUGUGCCGAGGACGGCAUGAUCUCUGUGCGGACUGUGUACGCUAA